AUGGGUGCCUGCAGCGAGAGUGGCUACGUGUGGACACAGACGGUGUACGACACGACGGGAAACAUCCUCACAAACCCAGGCUUCUCAAACCCGGUCAAGAAGACCCUCCAGGUCCACGUCUGUAGGAACAUCACCAAAGCCAUGAACACCAACUGCUCCUCCAAGGGACUUGCCCCGGUCUACAUGAAUGAUGACAGUAGUGGAGAGUGCAAUGCAUAUGGGAAUAUCAGGACUGCCAACAUACAGCCCAACCCUUUCAAUGAC